UUGCUAAAUGUUUUUAUAAAUGGCCGUAAGUUUGUUGAAUCGGUUGAAUCUGAGAAUCGGAGCAUUGUACACCCGGCGUAUUAUUGUUGAAGCACUUCCGAAUAAUAGACAGCUUGCCACGAUGUCUGAAUCAUUGAAUGAGGUGCCUGAUGUAGACAUCGACGGUCACGGGAAGUUUAAAUACAUUUUAAUCAACGUUAAAGACGAAGCUAAUAAUGUUAACAAGUCCAUCGUUAGAGGUUAUGCAAGAGCUCAGUGGCAUGGCGAUAUCUUCGAUGAAGUUAACAAUAAAUUAAAAUCGAUCUCAGGUUUGACAACGAACUGUCUCGGCGGUGGAAGGAUUGAGCACGAUCCUGAUGAAAAAACCAUCAAAGUCUAUGGAUACUCUCAGGGCUUUGGAAAGGCGGAUCACGAGGUAUCCGUUGCUUUACUGAAGAAGAAGUACCCCGAUUACACUAUCACCUGCUCCGACGACGGAUACUAACGAGGAACGUUUUGACUAAUUUAUUUAAACAUGUUCAAUAUUUAAUUUAAUAAACAAAUUUUUACAAACCGAA